GCAACGGGGCGGGAGCGCGCGCGGCCGCGCACGCGCGGUUGGCGGCGGCGGGAGGGAGCGGGGGGAGGAGGCGGCGGCGGCGCGCGCGCGGCGCGCGGGGAUUUUGCUGCGUCACCACGGGCCGAGCGCUGCGCGGGGCAUUGUGGGAGCGAGGCCGCGCCGAGCCCCGAGCCCGCCCGGAGCCACCGGAGCCGCCACCGGAACCCCCCCCCGGAGCCCUCCCGGUACCCUCCCGGCACCGCCCGAUCGCCACCGCGCCUCACCAACACAACCCGCGACACCGCCCGGAGCCCCCCGAGCCGCACCCCGCAGGAGCGCCCGCCGGAGCUGUCGCCAUCCGCCAUGCAGCCUGCCUCUGCAAAGUGGUACGACCGGAGGGACUACGUCUUUAUUGAGUUCUGUGUUGAAGACAGCAAAGACGUCAAUGUAAAUUUUGAAAAGUCCAAACUCACGUUCAGUUGUCUUGGAGGAAGUGAUAACUUUAAACAUUUAAAUGAAAUCGAUCUUUUUAAUAAUAUCGAUCCAAAUGAAUCAAAGCAUAAAAGAACAGACAGAUCCAUCUUGUGUUGUUUACGAAAAGGAGAGUCUGGUCAGGCAUGGCCAAGGUUAACAAAAGAGAGGGCAAAGCUCAACUGGCUCAGCGUGGACUUCAACAACUGGAAAGACUGGGAAGAUGAUUCAGAUGAAGACAUGUCCAAUUUUGAUCGCUUUUCCGAGAUGAUGAACAACAUGGGAGGAGACGACGACGUAGACUUGCCAGAAGUAGAUGGGGCAGAUGAUGACUCACCAGACAGUGACGAUGAAAAAAUGCCGGAUCUGGAGUAAGGCAAAGCGUCGUCUUCAGGGUUUUGGGGAAAGAAGUUCAUCACAACAUUUCAUAAUUGAGAUAAGAAUUCCUGAGUUGAUAGCCCUAAAGGGAGAUCCUGCAUCCUUUAACCCAUUUUCAGUCCAUUUUAAAUGGCUUCACUGAUGGUAGGUGUGUCCCAUGGCACGGGGCGGUCUUAAAGCCACGAGAGGCAAUAACAGUUAUGCAUGAACCAUUUUCCAGACUUCCAAAAGAAAAAAAGAGAGAAAAAAAAAACCAAACCAACCCAAUUGAGGUGUAGGCAAUCCGUUGAGAACAGUUGCAAUAAAGUUUACAGAGCCUCCUUGCCUCGUAGCAGAGAACCUGAAUUAACAAUGAGUGGUUCAAAUGAGCUUUUUUUCUUUUUUUCCUCCCUCUCUCCACGGCCUGAAAUUGUUGAUUUAUACAGGGAACAAAACAAAUGUUGUCAUUGGCUCCCCAAAAAAAAAAAAAAAAAAAUAAAUCCAGCAGGUGAGGCACAUCCCCUCUGUGGUGUCUUAAAAAAAAGUUCAUGUUAUUAAAAAAAAAAAAGGAAAACUUCCAGAUUCUCCUGGUUUUUGGUGUUGGAGCCCCCGAGCGGUGCCGGUGGCCGGAGGCUGCCCCUGGUCCCGUGUGACCCCAGACCUUUUCCACCUCCUCCUCCUCC